UGUAUUUUUAAGAUCAAACUGAGUCCGUUUUGAAACUCAAGGAAUUUUUAAAUAGAGUAACUGCAUACGAAAUCAACAGCAACGAAGAUAUCAGUAGCCAUUUCAAAAAUGGCUACAAUUGGAGUGCCUGCCAACACUAGCGUUUUUCUCUUGGACAUUGAGGGAACCACAACGCCAAUCACGUUCGUUAAGGACAUCUUAUUCCCAUACAUUAAGGAACAUCUGGAGGACUACCUUUCAGCGCAUUGGGAGGAGGAUGAAUGCAAGCAAGACGUGCAUCUUCUAAAAAAACAGGCAGAGGAGGACUUACGGCAGAACAGAGCAUGUCAUGUUCAUGCUGUUGACCAGACAGUGCACACAGAUGAGGAGAAAGCCAUCAGGGAGGUGGUUGAUAAUGUCCUUUGGCAGAUGGCAGCAGACAGAAAGACUACAGCUCUCAAACAACUGCAGGGGCACAUGUGGAGAGCGGCCUAUGCUGCUGGAAGAAUCAAAGGCGAAGUGUAUCCAGAUGUGGUUCCGGCCAUCAGGAGGUGGAAACAGCAAGGGCUAAAGAUCUACAUCUAUUCUUCAGGCAGUGUGGAGGCCCAGAAGCUGCUCUUUGGACAUUCAGUUGAAGGAGAUCUGUUAGAUCUGUUUGACGGACACUUUGACACCAAUAUUGGAGCUAAAGUAGAGAGCAAAAGCUACGAAAAGAUUGCAGAGCGAAUUGGUUGCCCUCCAGAGGACAUUAUGUUCUUAACAGAUGUUACCCGAGAGGCGAAGGCAGCAGAAGAUGCUGGGGUGAACGUAACUGUGGUGGUAAGACCUGGCAACCUGGAGCUCACUGAAGAGGAGAAAGCCCAUUAUAAUACCAUUACGUCUUUCAGCCAACUCGAACUUAAUGGAAACGCAUAACACGGGAAAGUGUGAAAGAGUACACUCAUACUCUUUCUAAAGAACUGUGGGAUGACAGGGACCUUCAGCCAAAGGUCAUAGGUAGAGGUGUAACGGUUCAUCCUACUCACGGUUCAGUUUUUACCUCAGUUUUGAGCCACGAUUUGGUUUGUUUCAUGGUUUGGCUUGAAAGAAAAUUGAACAAACUCAGAACUGUUUUUUCUUUCUUUUUAAUUUAAACAUAUAGAAAUUUUACACAAAGAGCGAAUUUAAUACAAACAGCGACAAAACUUUUCGAAAAAUGAGAAUGAAAGAAAACCAAUUCUCAGCACCUGUUAUUUCAACAUUCUUCUUUUAGAACAUAAGUGUAAGAAAAGUAAACUUGAGGAAGU